AAUGUAAAAUCCUGUCUACUUCUCAUCUACUUCUCAGACAAGCACCCAAAAGUUACCUAGAUAUCUACAUAAUACAUACGGUGACGUUAUUGAUAUGAAGUCCAAUACUUCUCAAGUACCAGAGCUUCCUGGAUACUAUUACGAUAGCGAAAAGAAAAAGUAUUUCAAGAUACAGGCAAAUGCACCAUCAGGUUCUGCAUACUCAUCUCACGAUGUGAAGAGACGCAAGCUUGACGACGAGAACAACAAAGCCGAAUCGUUAAGGGUUCAGCGGAAUGUUGGCCGUAUCAAAAGAGCAAAGAUUCUUGAGUCCCCUAUGGCUGGUGGCUUUUUAUCUAGAGAAUUCGGACAGCCUUGCUUGAACACUGCUGCUGCCUCCUAUUAUGCUCAAAGUCUCUCCACAGCGUUUGCGGUUGAUUAUUACCCACAGGACAACCGAGCAAGCGGCGCCUACCUUUUCGACGUGAGUGGUUGUACUAAUGUGUCUGAUCCCAAAGUUCUUAUGUCUUAUGCUGCCAAUAAUACAAUCCUACACCUAUCGUACGACUAUGGAAAGAAAGCAAAAGACAAACCAAGAGUGCCUAAUGUGUUCGGAUCUCAUUUCAGAUUUCAGAGGUCCUACAAUCUGGGGUUUCCACCAGGCCAAUCUACUUCUAUCAGUGCUAAUGAGUCAAUUGGGCACGUUGUAACGACAUGGUCAGGUGUACCCGCAUCUAGAGCAGUCGUGAUUAGUCCCUUUCCCCCGCCUGAACUCCGACCUCAUCCUAUGAAAUCCGACAUUCACCUCAGUCCUGGGACUAAGCGAGGUCUAGUCGAUGUCCUCUCAUCAGCCUCGGCGCCUACAAGCUCACCGGAUGCAUUUGUCAUUGGUACGAGCAAAGGCAUCCUUCGGAUCAAUCAAAAUAUGGAUAUGUCCUGGAUUCGAACCCUCAACACAAAGGACCAGUAUUACAGCGAUGUAUUCGCAGUGCAGUAUCAGUCAAAUCACAAGGAUAUCCUCCUAACGGGUGAACGAAGAGGUAUUCUUAGUCUCUUAGAUCUCCGGACAUCCCAAUCUGGGUCCAUAGCAAAGAUUCAACACACAAGCGGCAUCGCGGAAAUCAAGUCUCUCGACGAACAUCGCGUCCUUGUCGCAGGGUGUGCAUCCGAUCUUUGCCAGUACGAUAGACGAUUUACCAAGCCAAAUACUCACCUCUCACACACAUUAAAACACACUAAGAACACUACAGCCCCUACAACAGCUUAUCUAAAUUACCCCGAUUACCGAAACAACGGCCGGCUGAGCAUUGGACUAGACGUAGACCUUGAGCUUGGCAUUAUCGCAGCCGCAGAUGACGUUUCGACAACAGCCAUCGAAGCAAGAAUUAAGAUCUUCUCUCUACACGGAGCGCAAGUUUUACACGAACACACGAUUCCAACCGAUGUUCCCAAUAUGGGUUGUGUAAAAUUCGUACAGGAUACAUUCAACGAACCCAAAAGUAUCUGGGCAACCUUUGCACAGAAGAUCGUGCGGCUCUCGCUCGAUGAUAAUCAUAACAUCCCAUCGUUCAAAGCGAGCACGACUUGGCUCUCGGGAUCAUGAAAGCCUUUCUGAAAUUACUCAGAAGAUCGAUGCGUGCAGCGAAGAGUAAUAGAUUCUCCGGAAAAUAACAUGGAGUUCUGGAAAAUACGGAGUUUCGGGAAUUGCGGAGCGCAUCGGAGUCUUCGCGAAAGAAUGAAAUAUGGACUUCUGCUACUUUAUCUAUUGAAUCUUGGUCCGCAUUAUGUAUAUAUUAUAUGCGACAUAUCGCACGGAGUCGCAGGAGUUUCGGGAGUUACUACCUAAUUACUUACUUACUUACUUGGAGGAGGAUUGAGGUCUCAAAGGAACACGGAGUUCUCUUAUUCCACAUCCAUACAUGUUUCAUUCACAAUCUGUACAUCACUCAUUUUCUCAUUCCCUCAUUUCCUCAUUUCCUCAUCUCGAAGAUGUAGCGAGAAAUGAAAAUGGGCAUUCGAUAAAUAAAUAAAUAAAAGUAAGGGUUUCUACGCUGGCGCAAUCUUGAGAUGUCAGCCC